UUCUCUCACGGUGAGGUAGACUGCAAGGUGGUAUGGGGCGCCAUUUUGAAGGCGCUGAUAUGGCGGCGAGUGGCAAGAUGUUACGGAGUAUCGGCUGUGUGUUAUUUCAUUGCCACCUCGUGCUGUCGCAGACGACAACAGGUCUUAACGAGGUGAACAAGGCCCAAAUAAACAGCGACAACGGCAUUUCCAUAGAAACCAAGGUGUUAGGCCCUCUUCGGGUGUGGCAUCUCGUGUUCGCGAUAGCGUCAUUCCUGUUGACGAUCACCACAAUCGUCUGCUGCUGUUGCGACUUCCGGAUUCCCAGAACGAGGCAGGAAAUUGAAGAAAGCUACAAGAAGAGAGUUGAUAACUCCAACUACAUCAAAUACCUGGAUCAGCUCCCACAGAAUGUACUCAAGAACAGACCUAAAGAUCGGGGCAAUAGAAAUAAUUCAGAAGACGAAACAACCCCCGAAAGGCCGAAGAGGACAUCGCGAGUCGCAGAUUCCUCCCAGAACGUUGGUAUCAAGACAAAACUUACUAAGGGGGGACACCUCGCCGUGGCUACACCUCUUGCAGUUCACCCCGGAAGUGUCAUGGAAGCCAUGUCGAAAAUGAGAAGGAACGCUCGAUCCAGGCCUAAACAAACAGCAAUGGCGAAGGCAAUGACAACACUUCCGGAAACAGAUAUGAAUGAAGACACGUGACACCUCACGUCCAAAGUCGGCAUAGGAAUUAUUGAUGUUCUAUCCCGACUUAUUGCUUUACUCAUCUAAUACCAAUAGGAUAUUGUGGGUUCGAAUCCUGAAAUGAUUCGUCAUGAUCAUGAUCGACCCUUGAAGUAAAAUAGGUCUUCAGCAACCCAUGCUUGCCGCAAAAGGCGACUAUGCUUGUCGUAAAAGGCGACUAACCGGAUCGAAAGGUCAGGCUCGCUGACUUGGUUGAUGCAUGUCAUCG